AUGCCGGGAUUUCUGGAGUUCAUUGAAGUGGAGAACUUCAAGUCCUAUUCGGGACACCAGCGAAUCGGACCGCUGAAGCAGUUCACGGCUGUCAUCGGACCCAACGGUUCCGGGAAAUCCAAUUUCAUGGACGCAAUCAGUUUCGUGUUGGGGGAGAAGACAAACAAUCUUCGCGUGAAGAAGCUGUCGGAACUGAUCCACGGGGCGUCGAUCGGGCGCCCGGUGGGCACGCAGGCGUCCGUGUGUCUGGUCUACAGGGACGCGGACACGAAUCGGAUCACUCGCUUCCAGCGGCUGGUGCUGGGCUCGAGCUCCGAGUACCGCAUCGACGAGAAUGUGGUGUCCAAACAGGACUACGCGACCCGAUUGGAGCGGUUGGGCAUCAAUGUCAAGGCCCGCAACUUCUUGGUAUAUCAGGGCGCCGUCGAGUCGAUCGCCAUGAAGAACCCGCGAGAGAUCACUGCCCUCUUCGAGGAGAUCUCGCGCAGCAAUGAGUUUAAAGAGGAUUAUGUCAACAAAAAGGUACGAAUGGAUCGCUCGGAGGAGGAGUUGCAUCACAUGUACGUCAAGAAGAAGGGCAUCGCGGCCGAGAAGAAGGAGGCGCAGGGAGAGAUCAAUGAGGCCAAGAAGUACCAGAACCUGCGCGAGGAGCUCAACAAAGUCCAGAUAGACCUCCAGCUCUUCAAACUGUAUCACAUUCAGGACGACAUCUCGGAGCUCCAGGAGGACAUGGAUCGCAAGCGCAAGGAUAUGGAUAAACACAUCAAACAGAAGGAGAAGAUUGAGACCGAAGUGAGGAAUAAGAAGCAGAAUCUGACGAAAAUUAGUAAAGAGUUGUCGGGAAUUGACCGCAAAAUACGGGACGUGGAGCUGAACCUCAAUAAGAAGCGGCCGACGUAUAUAAAGGCUAAGGAAAACGCGUCGCAUAUCGAGAAGAAGUUGGACACCGCCAAGAAGUCCAAGGCGUCCGCCAUUAAGGCUCACGACAACCACCAGAACACCAUCAAAGAGCUCGAGGAGGACUUGAAUAAAGUGACCGAACGCUACGAGAAGUGGAAGGAGGAGAUGGCGAAGGAGAAGGAGUUGCAUAAGACUGAUGUCGUGCUCAAGGAGUCCCAGAAGAAAGAGUACAAUCGGCUGAAGGAAGAGGCGGCGCGUCUGUCGGCGAAGUAUCUCAAAGACUUGGAUUCGCUGGAAAGGGAGCAAAAGGCCGAUCAGGACAGGAAUGAGAACGAAAUGCGCAAAAAGAUGGACAUCGAGUCCCGCAUACGAGUCCUGCAAAACAAUUUGGAUGAGAAUGUCAAGCGAAUCGACAAAUUGCGAGACAAUCUCGAAGUGAGUGAAACCAAUCUCCAGGACCUGACGAAGAAAAAGGUGGAGAUCGAGGCGAUCGUCAACUCCAGCAAAGAACAGGUCGAGAAUAUCACCCUUAAGUUGGAGUCCAUUAACCGCGAGUUAGGCGACGCCAAAGUGGACAGACAUGAGGACGAGAGGCGUAAGAAGAAGGCAGAAGUGGUGGAGAAUCUCAAGAAGCUAUACCCGGGAGUGUUCGACCGACUGCUGAAUAUGUGUAAACCCAUACACAAGAGGUAUAACAUGUCGAUCACGAAAGUGAUGGGAAAGAACAUGAACGCCAUUAUUGUGGACUCCGAGAAGACCGGCCGGCAAUGCAUUCAGUACUUAAAGGAGCAAAUGCUCGAACCGGAGACCUUCCUCCCCCUCGACUACAUCGAAGUGAAACAAGUGAAGGAACGGCUCCGCAAUAUACAGCACCCGAAGGCUGUGAAACUGCUAUACGAUGUCAUUAAAUACGAUCCGCCGGCCAUCAAGAGAGCGGUUCUCUACGCCACGAACAACGCGUUGGUCUGCGAGACGGCCGAAGACGCCAAUCUCGUGGCCUUUGAUUUAGGAGACGGCAAGCGGUACGACGCGGUCGCACUCGACGGCACUUUCUAUCAGAAGUGCGGAUUUAUAUCCGGCGGCAGCGCUGACCUCGAGAAGAGGGCCCGUCGUUGGGACGAAAAGGAGUUGCAUUCACUUAAGUACCAAAAGGAGAAGUUAGCUGAAAGUCUGAAGGAGGAGCUCAAGAAGACCAGGAAAGAGAGCGACUUAAUGGUCAUUAAUAGUCAAAUCAAAGGCUUAGACACACGUCUGAAGUACUGUCGCAGCGAUAAGACGCAGACCGAGAAGAAUAACGAAGACUUCAAGCGUGAAAUCAAAGAGUUAGAGAAGAAACUGAAAGCGUUUGAUCCCAUAAUCAAAGAGAUCUCUUCGCGAAUGAAGGAGAGAGAGGUUAAGAUCAAUGAUAUCCGCGAUUCGAUGAAUUCGGUCGAAGACACGAUAUUCUCAGACUUCUGCGUCCAAUUGGGUGUCGAAAACAUCCGCCAAUACGAAGAGCGACAGAACAAAGCGACUCAAGAGAACGAGAAGAUUCGGCUUCAGUUCGAGAAUGAGAUGAACUCAUUCUCGAGUCGAUUGGCGUACGAGAAGAGCAAAGACACGAAUGAGAACGUGAAGAGAUGGCAGAGAGUGGUGUCGGACGAGGAGAAGAACCUGCAGACGGCCAGAGAGACCGAGAAGAAGGAGAUGCAGGGCAUCGAAGAGGAGAUGAAGAAAGUGGAACAACUCAAAAACGACAAGAUCUCCAAAAAGACUGAAUGCGAUUCAGUGGAGGACGAGAUCACGGAAGUGAAGAGAGGGCUGUCGGGCGUGCAGAAGGAGUUGUCGGGCGCGCAGAAGGCCUUAAUGCAGAUCGAGUGUAGGCUCGAGUCGAAGAAAGCGGACAGACAUGCGAUCCUUUUGCACUGUAAGAUGGAGUGCAUUGAACUGCCGCUCGUGUCCGGUGACCUCAACGACAUCGCCGCCGGCGGGACCAACAAUAAUGACGGCGAGACUAACGGCAACGCCGAUGAUGAGGAUGACGACGACGGCCCGUCCACUCAACGCUCUUAUGAGAACGACUCUAACGUCAAACCGGACUUCUCUAUACUUAAGAAUAGUCUUAAAAAUAUGAAUGAUUCGGACGCUAUCAAGAAGAAAGAGGGAGAAAUGCAAACCGAGAUUAAUAGCAAACGCGAGGUUUUGCGUAAAAUACAGGCGCCAAACAUGAGAGCUAUCGAUAAGCUCGAAGACGUAAAGGACAGGCUGAAGGAGACGGACUCUGAAGUCAACAAUUUGAGACUCGACUCAAAGAAAGCCAAAAUGGCGUUCGAGGAGAUCAAGAGAAACCGAUUACGAGAAUUCAAUCUGUGUUUCGAAAACGUGGCCCAAAGAGUGGACUCGAUAUACAAGUCGUUGACAAACAACGCGUCGGCGCAGGCCUUCCUCGUGCCGGAGAACCCCGAAGAGCCAUACCUGGAGGGCAUUAACUACAACUGUGUGGCGCCCGGCAAACGCUUCCAACCGAUGAGCAACUUGAGCGGUGGUGAGAAGACUGUGGCCGCACUGGCCCUCCUGUUUGCCAUCCACUCCUACAAACCCGCGCCGUUCUUCGUGUUGGACGAGAUCGACGCCGCACUCGAUAACACCAACAUUGGAAAGGUCGCGCGUUUCAUACGAGAGAGGACUGAGUCGUCGUUUCAAUGUAUCGUAAUAUCACUGAAAGAGGAGUUCUACGGACACGCGUCUUCACUGAUCGGCGUCGCACCGGACCCGGGCGACUGCACCAUAAGUCGUGUCUUUACAGCAGAUUUGUCUCAAUAUCAGGAAUAA